AUGGAGGCACCAGCUGAUGCAGAGGACAUUGUGCCCGACAUUCCUUCGGACACAGGCGCAGAGGCUCUUGAGGAUGAGCAUCAGGGAUUUCCGGGUGGUCCGAGCGACCCAUCCGAUCGUCCUGAAUUGAAGCUAUCCUCUCAUGGGAGGAAGGUCCACAGUUUAGGUAGGCCUAUCCCUGCCAUUGAGGGACUUAUUGCUGGUACAGGACUAAGUCCUCUUAUCGCGUGUUUGGUAGACACCGGCGAUCGGGGACUUUUUUCCGCGUUUGUGGAGUGGUGGCACCAGGAGACGUCUAGUUUUCAUCUCCCGGUGGGAGAGCUCACCAUCAUGCUGGAUGACGUCUCCUCGCUUCUCCAUCUGCCCGUGAUUGGAGACUUACACGCCUUUCAGCCCUUGCACGUGGACGAUGCAAUUCAAAUGCUGGUCGACUUAUUGAUGGUCUCUACAGAGUCUGCCAGGGCUGAGACAACCCAGUGUCGUGGACCGUACGUACGCCUGCAAUGGAGUGCAACCAAUGUGCAUGUUGUCUACAUGGAGGCCCUUCGUGACCUCAGUAUGAUAGAGAGGUACGCCUGGGGAGUGGCUGCUCUGGUUCAUAUGUACGACCAGCUGAACGAUGCAUCUAUGAGCCACAGUCGACAGCUUGGCGGUUGCAUCACACUGCUGCAGUGUUGGAUUUAUGAGCACUUUCCCUCGGUCGCGAAGUCCACCGCUGAUCAGGACUACGACGAGGCUUCCCCGCGUGCGUGCAGGUGGAUUGCGACGAAGAAGACCGUGAAGAGCAUUCGCACGUCGGCGUAUAGGGAGCGCCUGGACCGACUCUGGAUUCUGGAUGUCUGUUGGAUCCCUUAUGGGGAGCAUCGGGAGGUCCGGGACUUCCACGUCAGAUCAUGCUAUUCCGGUCUCUUGCGCUGGGGGGCUGUUGCUAUUUAUUACCGACCGGAGAGGGUCGUGCGGCAGUUUGGCUAUACGCAGACCAUUCCUGCUCCUCCUGUCGAUUCAUGGGUCUCGUAUGAUGAUAUACACGACAGGUGGAUGCACCACGAGGAUCAUAUCGUUCCAGCAAGUGAGGUGUGCGUUGUGCCAGGGGCGUGUUCCAAUGACUACAUGGACUGGUUCUUCCGCAUCUCCCAUCCUCUCAUGACACCAGGCCACGCAUCAAAUCCUCUGCCUCAUGGUCACGCCCCGCAGCCCUGA